UAAUUUAAAGGUAGUUAGUUGCGUUUAUAAAAUAAAAAGAGAGAGAGAGAGAGAGAGAGAGAAGCGAAGAGCACUGAGAAGGCGCGACCCAUUCGAUAUCGAUCUCCUAAAAAACCUACAACCUUUUUGACCAACAAACACACACCUUCAAAAUUAAAAAUUAACCCUCUCUUCUCUUCCUUUUUUAACCUCUCCCUCUUCUUCUCCCUCUUUCUCUUUUAUUUUUGUUUUUAUUUAUACUCUCUUUCUUUUUUUUUUUUCUUUUUUUUUUUAUAUCUCUCUCACUAAUGCUCGUCACCCUCCAUUAAAACCCUAAUUUUCCCUUCUUUACACUCUUCACUUCACAGGUACCUCCACUGUCUUUUCUUUUCAUAAAGCCCUAAUUACUAUCCUAUGUUUCUUUCCUUUUUGUUUUUAAUAAACUGGAUCUGUUUUUCUUUCCAGAGAAACAUAUAUCCAUAAAAGGGGAUUACAGUUAAAGGAUAUAUGUCCUUCAAUCAAUCAAGGUCCGAUAAGAACGAUUCGCAGUAUCGCAAAUCAGGACGAUCCGCAGCCUCUAAUCAGCAGCGGACCUCCUCAGUCUCCUACGGUAAGGGCGGCGGCGGCGGGCCCCCCGCCCCUUCACCGUCUUCUUCUCCUCUUUCUUCUAAUCGCAGUUUUAAGAAGUCUAAUCAUGCUCAAGGAGCGCAAUCUAGGGUAAAUUCUUCUGACUCUGCUAACGCUACUGCCCACCGGAAUAUACAGAAUGGCGCUCAUCAUGUACACCCCCCUUUACAUGCGACAGCGGAUGCAUCUGUUUCAUUUGGUACUGCCAGGCCAGUUGAAACACCAACCACUCAGAGGAGCACCCGAACUGUUCCGAAAGCUCCAACUUCUCAACCUGCCUCCUUGACUUCUGAGACUGCCUCAUCAUUGCCACCUUCUAACAACCCUGGAGAUGUAUCUAAAGGAUUUGCAUUUCAAUUUGGUUCCUUAGCUCCUGCCGCCCUGAAUGGGAUGCAGAUUCCUGCUCGAACAAGCUCAGCUCCUCCAAACUUGGAUGAACAGAAACGUGACCAGGCACGCCAUGAAACCUUUAGACCUGUUCCAUCAUUGCCAACUCCUACUCCUAAGCAACAAUUACCAAGGAGGGAUGUAAGUACAGUUGACCAAUCUAAUGCUGGUGAGGCUCAUCCACUGCCCAAAGUCAAAAAGGAUGUCCCAGUUUCAAUGGCACCACCUGUAAGCCAGACACAGAAGUCUUCUGUUAUUCCCAUUCCCAUGACUUCUAUGCAAAUGCCAUUUCACCAGCCACCAGUCUCUGUGCAAUUCGGUGGCCCAAACCCACAAAUGCAGCCUCAAGGUGUUCCUUCAACUUCACUUCAAUUACCGAUGCCGAUGGCUGCUUUACCAAUGGGAAAUGCUCCGCAAGUGCAACAGCCAAUGUUCGUUCAAGGUCUUCAUCAACCCCAUCAACUCCCGCCUCAGGGAAUCAUGCAUCAGGGACAGGGCUUGAGUUUUACACCUCAAAUGGGUCCUCAACUGCCUCCUCAGUUAGGCAACUUAGGAAUUGGGAUCACCUCACAGUAUACUCAACAACAGGGUGGAAAGUUUGGUGGUCCUCGUAAAACAACUGUUAAGAUUACUGAUCCAAAGACGCAUGAAGAGCUGAGGCUUGAUAAGCGCAUGGACACAUAUGCAGAUAGUGGCUCAUCAGUCCUUAGGUCUCAUCCCAAUGUACCUCCUCAAUCGCAGCCAAUUCCAUCAUUCCCACCUACUCAUCCUAUCAAUUAUUAUCCCAAUUCUUACAAUCCCAAUAACCUAUUUUUUCAGCCUUCAAGCUCUCUCCCAUUAACUAGUGGCCAGAUACCAUCCAAUUCCCAGCAGCCUAGGUAUAACUAUUCUGUUAGCCAAAGUCCCCAAAAUGUAUCGUUUGUGAAUCCAUCUGCUGUUAAUUCUCUGCCGAUUAACAAGUCUGGGACUUCAAUGCAUGGUAUGGCAGAUCCUUCAAAUUUAGAGCAUGCUCGUGAUGUACAUAAUGUGAUCUCAUCUGCUUCUUCAGGGACAGUACAGGUGAAAGUGAAACCAGCAGCUAGUUCCACUGGGGAUAAGGCUGCGGAUUUACCAUCUUCAAACAACUCAGCUACUGUUGAAAAGGGUGUAUCCAGUAAACCUUUAAGGCCCUCUAUGGAAGCUAAUACAUCUCAAUUUGAGAAGGAUUCAGUUACUGUUCCAGAAAGUUCUUUGGAGCAUUCAAAAGUUGGUACUGAAUCUUUAGCAUUAAAGUCAUUGCCGAUGGCGUCUAGACAGUCUGUGGCGACUCCUAUUGAUAGUGGGGCAAUCAAUUCUUCGUCUUCUGCCCAGUCUGAGGAAUCUCUGUUGACUGGGACCAACACUGACAGCAAAAGAAAGGAUACUUUGAGCAGGUCAAACUCUAUUAAGGAUCAUCAGAGGAAGUCAGGGAAAAAAGGCUAUAUCCAAUCGCAUCAGGUUGGUGGACAACCUGCUACAGUAUCAGGCUUUUCUUCUCAUGCAGUAGAACAGGGAACGCCUGCUAACAGUGGAAGCAAUGUUCUAGAAACUGAAACAACUGUGUCCUCGACAUCAGUAAAUAGUGACGAUUUGACAGAAUCAGUCCAGGAAUCAGUCUCAGCGAUAAGUGCUCCAACUUCAGAUGUUUCUGAAGCCAAGAUUGAUGAUAUCGGAGAACAUUUCACUGGUGUUACUCCUGAAAGUUCUGGUGCUCGAGGUAUUGUUGAUACUGCCGGUGUUUCUAUUCAAGCUAAGGUAGAUGAUUCUUCCCCACAGGAAGUUCUUAAAUGUGAAAGUCAGGGCACUAAAGGACAUGCAGAAAAGGGGUUGCCUGAAGUUCCUCAACUAGUUGAUGAUAGCUCAGAGAUUUCUUUUGAACCUAUUACUUCAAAAUCUGGCGACCUUCUCAAUCAAAGUCAAAUAGAAUCUGCUUUGGCCAAUACAGCUUUGAGCAAUGAGGUUCCGGCCUUAGAGGCCAUGCAUGAAGGGCUGGAUGAAUCUGUGACUUGCCACACAGAGAACAAUAGGAUAUUAGAUAAUGAGGAUAUUACUACAUCCAGAAGUUUGGAUUCUGAGGAAGUGGGGAAGUCCCAGAGUGAUGACACCACAGCAUUGGAUGCAUCUUCAAGCAACAGUGACAGCGAUGCUAAUAAAGAGGUUUCUACUAUGAAAUUCAGUGCAUCAGAUCCGGAGGUUGCUUCUGUUCCAACUCCUGAUCUUUCUGAGUCCACUUCAAAAGGGGAAAUUCUGGAAAACAGUGGGAAUGGCAUGGUCUCCCUUGCAGUAUCUAGUUCUAAGGAAAAAGCUGUUGAGCUAACUAGAUCAAAGAGUACCACUGGCAGUCUGAGGAGAAAGAGAAAAGAAAUUCUUCAGAAAGCAGAUGCUGCUGGGACAACUUUGGAUCUCUACAUGGCAUAUAAGGGUCCUGAAGAAAAGAAGGAAAGUGCUGUUCCUACAGAAGCAACAGAAAGCACUUCUACUAGCUCUAAUCUGAAGCAGGAACCUGCAGAUGCACGUCAAGUGGACUCUAAUAGUAGCGAGAAAGAUGUCCAGAAUAAAGCUGAGCCAGAGGAUUGGGAAGAUGCUGCUGACAUUUCCACACCAAAGCUGGAAACUUCAGAUAAUGGGGAACAGGGUCUUGGAGGAAUUGUGCAACAUGGCAAAGAUGGGAGUGCAAAUACAGCAAAAAAGUAUUCCAGGGAUUUCCUUUUAAAAUUUUCAGAGCAGUGUACUGACCUUCCAGGAAGGUUUGAAAUCACAGCGGAUAUUGCAGAUGCUUUGAUGAGUGUUAGCGUGUCUCAUUUUGCUGAACGUGAAUCAUAUCCUAGUCCGGGAAGAGUUGUGGAUAGGUCAAAUAGUGGGUCUCGGGUGGAUCGUUGGGGUAGUGCUAUAGUGGAUGAUGAUCGAUGGAAUAAGCUACCUGGCCCCUUCGGCAUAGGGAGGGAUUUACGGCUGGAUAUUGGUUUUGGAGGUAAUGCAGGGUUUCGACCUGGCCAAGGAGGCAAUUUUGGUGUCCUAAGGAAUCCACGAGCACAGUCUCCUGUUCAAUAUACGGGAGGUAUUCUAGCUGGGCCAAUGCAAUCAUUGGGUCCUCAGGCAGGUAUGCAGAGAAAUAGUGCAGAUGCUGACAGGUGGCAGCGGGCAGCAAGUUUCCAGCAGAGGGGGUUGAUUCCUUCUCCUCAAACUCCCUUACAGAUGAUGCACAGGGCUGAGAGAAAAUACGAAGUGGGUAAGGUGACAGAUGAAGAAGAAUCCAAGCAAAGGCAAUUGAAAGCCAUCUUGAACAAGUUAACUCCUCAGAAUUUUGAAAAACUUUUUGAGCAGGUUAAAGCGGUUAACAUUGACAAUGCUGUCACACUUACUGGUGUUAUCUCGCAAAUCUUCGACAAAGCUUUGAUGGAACCCACUUUUUGUGAAAUGUAUGCUAACUUUUGCCAUCAUCUGGCUGGAGAGUUGCCUGAUUUUACUGAGGAUAAUGAAAAAAUUACUUUUAAGAGGUUACUUCUGAACAAGUGCCAGGAGGAAUUUGAGAGAGGGGAACGAGAACAAGAAGAAGCUAAUAAAGCUGAUGAGGAAGGUGAGACUAAACAGUCUGAAGAAGAAAGAGAAGAGAAGAGAACCAAGGCACGGAGGCGAAUGCUUGGUAACAUAAGACUGAUUGGGGAGUUGUAUAAGAAGAAAAUGUUGACGGAGAGAAUAAUGCACGAGUGCAUUAAAAAGCUUCUAGGUCAGUAUCAGAAUCCUGACGAGGAAGAUGUUGAGGCGUUGUGCAAACUAAUGAGCACAAUUGGAGAGAUGAUUGACCAUCCUAAAGCCAAGGAGCAUAUGGAUGCGUAUUUUGAUAGGAUGGCCAAAUUAUCGAACAACAUGAAACUAUCUUCUAGGGUAAGGUUUAUGUUAAAGGAUGCUAUUGAUUUGAGAAGGAACAAAUGGCAGCAGAGGAGGAAGGUUGAAGGGCCAAAAAAGAUUGAUGAAGUGCACAGAGAUGCUGCUCAAGAACGACAUCAUCAAUCUAGUAGGCUGUCUCGCAAUCCUGUCAUCAAUCCCUCCCCAAGAAGGGCACCUAUGGAUUUUGGUCCAAGAGGUUCUGCACCGAUGGGUGGUUUCCAUGGGUUGCCUGCUCAGGUUCGUGGGUAUGGGACCCAGGAUGUGCGUUUUGAGGAAAGGCAGUCAUAUGAGGCUCGGACUUUGUCGGUUCCCUUGCCUAGACCUCUUAGUGAUGACUCUAUUACACUAGGGCCCCAAGGUGGACUUGCAAGAGGAAUGUCCUUUAGAGGGCCACCUGCAAUGGCAGGUGGUCCUAUAGCUGAUAUUUCCCCUAGCUCAGGUGACAGGAGAAUGGCAGCUGGUUUGAAUGGUUUUAGUACAGUGUCUGAGCGGCCUGCUUACAGUCCUAGGGAGGAAUUCUUUCCAAGAUACCCAGACAGAUUUGCACUUCCAGCUGCCUUUGAUCAAUCGAGUGGUCAUGAGCGCAAUAUGAAUUAUGUUAAUAGGGAUCCUCGGAAUCAGGAUCGCAAUUUUGAUAGAUCUCAUGCAACAUCUCCACCUGGACGAGCUCAGUUACCAGCUUUUACUCAAAAUAUUCCUUCAGAAAAGGUGUGGCCUGAAGAACGCCUGCGUGAUAUGUCCAUGGCAGCAAUUAAAGAAUUUUACAGUGCCAGAGAUGAGAAAGAGGUUGCCUUGUGCAUUAAGGAAUUGAGUGCCUCGAGUUUCCAUCCUUCAAUGAUCUCUCUAUGGGUGACUGAUUCCUUUGAGAGGAAGGACAUGGAGAGAGAUCUGUUGGCUAAACUUCUCAUUAAUCUUGCAAGGUCUCAGGAUGAUAGGAUAUUGACUCCAUCCCAGCUUAUCAAAGGGUUUGAAUCAGUUCUGACGACUUUGGAGGAUGCUGUGAAUGAUGCUCCAAAGGCAGCAGAAUUUCUUGGGCGUAUGUUAGCAAAAGCGGUUGUAGAAAAUGUGAUCCCACUGAGAGAGAUUGGGCAGUUGUUACAUGAAGGUGGAGAGGAGCCAGGGCGACUUCUUGAGAUUGGACUGGCAGGGGAUGUUCUUGGAAGUACAUUGGAGAUGAUAAGAGCUGAGAAAGGAGAAAGUGUGUUGAAUGAGAUUUGUAUUAGCUCCAAUUUGCAUUUGGAGGAUUUCCGGCCUCCAGCUCCUAACAGAUCAAGGAUACUAGAAAGAUUUAUUUAGAUGAUAGUCAUCUUUGUUAGAAAAGGGAAAGUCCACUAUCCGGUGCCUUGGGGUUACUUAUUCAAAAUCAUAUUUUUAUUAUAUAUAUAUAAAUAUUCUCAAUAUUGGUGGGCUGGGGAUUUAUAUGGGUUUGACAUCUUCUAUCUUCUAGUGUUAUUCUUUAAAAUAUUCACUGCGAUUAUGAUAUAGGGUUCCAAUUGAGCA